GGCUGGGAUUGGUUGGAUCCACAUCACUCCAACUUGACGAACUACAUAUCCCUUCUUACAAUUCUUCAGCAGCAACCCCAAAUCAACUCCCACAACCACAUCACCAUGAGCACCCAACCUCGCACCCUGUUUGACAAGAUCUGGGACGCACAUGUCGUUAAUGCUAAGGACGAUGGAUCGGCGUUAAUUUACAUCGAUCGACACAUUGUUCAUGAAGUCACCUCUCCUCAAGCUUUCGAGGGUCUCAGAAACGCUGGUCGUGGCGUCAGACGGACCGAUUGUACUCUAGCAACAUGCGACCACAACGUGCCCACCGAUGAUAGAAGUCAAGCCACUAGUGUCUCCACCUUCAUCAAAGAGUUUGAGUCUCGUACUCAGGUCAUGACCCUCGAAGAAAAUGUCAAGAUCUUUGGCUUGACUUACUUCGGUCUCAAAGAUAAGCGCCAAGGAAUUGUCCACGUCAUGGCCGCUGAACAAGGUUUCACUCUACCUGGUUCCACCGUUUGUUGUGGUGACUCGCACACUUCGACCCAUGGCGCUUUCGGAGCUUAUGCCUUUGGAGUCGGCACCUCGGAAGUCGAACACAUCCUGGCCACUCAAACGUUACCCCAACAAAAGAGUAAAAACAUGAAAGUUAAGGUCAACGGAACUCUUGCUCCCGGGGUCACCAGCAAGGAUGUCAUCCUCCACAUCAUCGGUACCAUCGGCACUUCGGGCGGAAAUGGACAUGUUAUCGAAUUCUGCGGCAAAGUCUUUGAAGACAUGUCGAUGGAAAAUCGGAUGAGUGUCUGCAACAUGUCCAUCGAAGCUGGUGCCAGAGCUGGUUUAGUUGCACCGGACGAGAAGACGUUCGAAUAUUUGAUUGGAAAACCACUCGCACCCAAGGGGGAGGAGCGCAAUCGGGCGAUUGAAUGGUGGAAGUCCCUCAAAACUGACGAAGGAGCGCACUUUGAUAAGUCGGUUGAGAUUGAUGGGAGUGACAUCGGGCCGACGGUAUCUUGGGGUACGAGUCCACAAGAUGUGGUCCCAAUCACUGGAAACGUUCCCGACCCUGCUCAGAUGACAGAUGAAGCGGCCAAGAAAUCGGCCAUCCGGGCCUUGGAAUACAUGGGUCUUGAGCCCAACACCCCAAUGGAGCAGAUCAAGAUCGACAAGGUUUUUAUUGGCUCUUGUACCAACUCUCGCAUAGAGGACCUGCGGCUUGCAGCAUCGAUCAUUGGGCCUGGUCAACGCGUUGCCGAAGGUGUCUAUGCAAUGGUCGUCCCCGGUUCCGGCUUGGUGAAAUUGCAAGCUGAGGAAGAGGGUCUCGAUCGGAUAUUCAAGGACGCUGGGUUUGACUGGCGAGAGGCUGGUUGUUCGAUGUGUCUCGGGAUGAACCCCGAUCAGCUCAAACCCGGCGAACGAUGUGCCUCUACCUCGAACAGAAACUUUGAGGGCCGUCAAGGACCCGGUGGGCGGACUCACCUGAUGAGCCCAGCGAUGGCCGCUGCUGCUGCCAUCCACGGUCGAUUCACUGAUGUCAGAAAGAUUCAAACUACCGCUCGACUGCACGAGCCUAAGCUGGUCCCGAAGAUGGAACCCACCGACAAGGAUCAAACCUCUGAGUCUCAUCCAGUUGAUGACGCUCCUGCUCAAUCAGCUGGGGCUCCCACCCAAGCCGUUGGAAAACCAGCUGGCUUACCCAAGUUUGAGGUUUGGAAAGGUAUUGCUGCUGUUGUAGAAGCUAGCAAUGUCGAUACCGACAAAAUCAUCCCAGCCGUCUUCCUUAAAACGAUCAAACGGACUGGCUUAGGCCAAGCGUUAUUCCGUUCCCUGCGCUAUCGAUCCGUGGAAGGAAAGGAUGAAUUGAUCCCCGAAUUUGUACUGAACCGAGAACCUUUCAACAAGGCGAAAAUCCUGAUCGUCACCGGGCCCAACUUCGGCUGUGGAAGCUCUAGAGAACAUGCCCCGUGGGCAUUAUUGGACUUUGGGAUCAAAUGUGUCAUAGCUACUAGUUUUGCCGAUAUCUUUUUCAACAACAUGUUCAAGAACGGGAUGUUGCCGUUAAUCUUACCGCAGAAGGAAGUUGACCAAUUGGCACAAAUAGCGAGUGAGGGGAACGAUGUGGAGAUUGACUUGGUGAACCAACGAGUGAAUGCGACGAACCAGCAGACGGGCUCGAAGGUCUCGAUUGAAUUUUCAAUCGACCCAUUCCGAAAGAAAUGCCUUGUUGAAGGUCUCGAUGACAUCCGUCUGACCGAGCUCCUCGACGACAAGAUCAAGUCCUACGAAGCUGUCCGCUCCCAGAAGUGGCCCUGGUUAGACGGAAUCGGCUUCGGCGGCAAAGUGCCCAUCCCCGUCGGCGGCUCUGCAACCGGCAAAAAUCUCGAUUGGUAGACACUCGCUCACCUUGUCUUUUCUCUUUCAUUCCUGUAUUUAGCUAGCCCUACAUGCUCCUGCUCCUCCAAAACUUACGUCGAAGAAAAUCCGCCUUCAUCAAACUGCAAUCACCUUGUCGCUACAUCGUCUCACAAGCAACCAUCUUUUCUCAUCCCGUCUCAUUAUCAUGUCCCAUACCUCAUGUGAUGCUCAGAACGAACACAGGUCUCCAUUGUUUCUUAUCUACUUGCCCCACGUCUUCUGGUUCUAUUCCACAAACGAUCAUACAUGUCUUAUCAUCCUCCUGUCACCAAAAGUAAAGAAAUGUCUUGUCUUGUUUCAUGAAGCAUGGCUAGAGAUGAUGCAAUCCACUGUGAUUGGUAGAAUACAUAUGCAUCAAUUUUAAUUGGGGAUAACAUGUUCAUAAGUAAAUUUAUUCCCUACUGGUCUGAG